AUGUUUUGGACAUUCCAGACAUUUCCUGCUCUCUGCACUUCACUAUUCCUGUCAUAUCCACAUUUCGGUCACCGUUCAUCAAUAGAGAAAACAACGGCAACCCACCUGGAUUCCAGAACUCCGUCUUCGGAGCAGGUAGAAACCGCCAAAGCGAAAGUCGAGGCUCUGCGCGUCGACACGGACGACAACGCCCAUGCUGUGAAAGGUGAUGACUCGGAUGGGACAAUCGAAUGGACUGGGAAACAUAUUAUCGCCUCUCUGUCCCUCGCUGGGUUAUACGUUGGCGCCCAAAUUCCUCUUUGCUUUGUCGGGGAUUCCGUUAUGUUCAUAGCAAGAGACAUUGGAUCAUUCCAGAAAGCCUCCUGGCUUACGGUGGCCAAUGAUCUGGCGAUUGCCUCAAUUGCUCCAUUUUUAGGAUACCUGCAGGAUAUUUCGGGACGUCGCUACAUGUCUUUGAUUGGAAGUGUGGCUAUUAUGAUUGGAAUUAUCCUCGUUGGCGCCUCCCACGCCUUUGGCCAGGCGGUGACUGGCAUCUCAUUCGCCGGCGCGGGCGGUGCUAUUGGCGAGCUCACAGCUCUUGCGGUAUUGUGUCUCAGAACUGCAGAACUCGUUCCUGUCAAGCAACGAGGCCUCUAUCUAGGUCUCGUUACGUUUUUUUUUUGUGGCCCCUUUCGCACCUACUACACUUGGAGAUGGGGAAUGAGGAUCUCACUGAUCUACAAUGGCGUUUGCUUUAUGGGUAUUGCUCUGACCUACUUUCCGCGGGCAACCAGGAGAGGUGAUGGAGCUACCAAAAUGCAGAUUCUGAAGAGCAUUGACUACGUGGGCAGCCUCUUGUCAAACAUCAGGCUGACCCUUUCCCUCGCGGCUCUCCCGCUUUUACAAGGCCAGCAUAUCGUCGCAGUCUCCUUCCUGGUAGCUUUCGUCGGCGGGAUGAACUUCUAUUCGUCCCUCAACUUCUUUCCGCUGGAGGUGUCGACCGUCUUUCCACCGGAUCCCGUACAAGUCGGAUUGAAGGCCCUCGCUGCUGGGCUUGGUGUGACUUGCAGCGCUACCGUUGUGAACGCAGCGUUGUCAUGGUUGAAAGGAUACAAUCGAGAACUCCUAGUCGGUUCAUGUGUUCUGAUGACGGCAUUUGGCGGAGCUUUGACAGGUGGAACUCCAGACGGCCCCGGCAGACUGUAUGCGUUCGCGGUUUUGUCUGGCAUCGGAAUCGGGGGUGUCCUCGAGCCAGCUGCCACGAUUGCCAUCACUGUUGUGCCAGACGAAUUGAUUGCCACCUGUGUGGCGCUGUCGCUGUCCAUCCGUGUGGUUGGAGGCUCCAUCGGCUAUAGCAUCUAUUACAACAUCUUCUAUCACAAGCUCGUCGUUCAGCUUCCGAUAAAAGUCGCCGAGGCAGUAAUUCAAUCCGGCCUACCCAUCGCAUCGGCAAGAACCUUCGCGGAGGCAUUCGCCUUGGACCCCGCUGCCGCUACCGAAAUUCCUGGCGUCACGCCCGCCGUGUUGGAAGCAGCUGCUAUUGGGGCCCGCUGGGGUUAUGCCUAUGCCCUCAAGUUCGUGCGGUAUACCAGUAUUGCUUUUGGGGUAUGGGCGACCAUUGCCUGCCUCUUCCUCGGCAAUAUAGGACCAAAAAUGGGCCAAGGGGGAGUGCUGAAGAGUUCACAGUGCUGGCAGUGUGCUAUUCUUUACAGUUUAACAAAGUAUUCCAUGUUUUUGAUGCCGUCUACCUAUUCCUGA